CUGGCUCCAUACUGAUUUUACCCAAAUGUGUUCCAAUUCCUGCUGCCCCCUUGCUAGCUACCCAGGCCAGCCAGGGUCUGGUUUGGGCAUGAGUGUAGAGGACGGGGGUACACCAGGCCUGGGCCGUCCCAGGCAGGCCCGCUGGACCCUGAUGCUACUCCUGUCCACUGCCAUGUAUGGUGCUCAUGCCCCAUUACUGGCACUGUGCCAUGUGAAUGGCAGAGUGCCCUUUCGGCCCUCCUCAGCUGUGCUGCUGACCGAGCUGACGAAGCUACUGUUGUGCGCCUUCUCCCUCUUGGUGGGCUGGCAAGCAUGGCCCCAGGGGGCCCCUCCAUGGCGCCAGGCUGCCCCCUUUGCACUAUCAGCCCUACUCUACGGCGCUAACAACAACCUGGUGAUUUAUCUUCAACGUUACAUGGACCCCAGCACCUACCAGGUGCUGAGCAAUCUCAAGAUCGGAAGCACGGCCCUGUUCUACUGCCUAUGUCUCCGGCACCGCCUCUCUGCCCGCCAGGGCUUAGCACUACUGCUGCUGAUGGCAGCGGGGGCCUGCUAUGCAGCUGGUGGCCUCCAGGACCCUGGGAACACACUUCCUGGACCGCCUUCAGCAGCUGCUGCUGGCCCCAUGCCCCUGCAUGUCACUCCACUGGGACUGCUGCUUCUCAUCUUGUACUGCCUCAUCUCAGGCCUGUCGUCCGUGUACACAGAACUGCUUAUGAAGCGACAGCGGCUGCCCCUCGCCCUUCAGAACCUCUUCCUCUACACUUUCGGUGUGCUCCUGAACCUAGGUCUGCAUGCAGGUGGUGGCCCCGGCCCGGGCCUCCUGGAGGGCUUCUCCGGAUGGGCAGCGCUGGUGGUGCUGAGCCAGGCACUGAAUGGACUGCUCAUGUCAGCUGUCAUGAAGCACGGCAGCAGCAUCACACGCCUGUUCGUUGUGUCCUGCUCACUGGUGGUCAAUGCCGUGCUCUCAGCAGCCCUAUUGCGGCUGCAGCUCACGGCUGCCUUCUUCCUGGCCACGCUGCUCAUUGGUCUGGCUGUGCGCCUCUAUUAUGGCAGUCACUAGCCCCUGACCCCCUCCACCCAGACUCCUGACUCUGUAGAUAGGGCAUCACCGUCAGAGCCACCUCCCAGGCCUCCCGACCCUUCCUCAGAAGCCAGCCCUGUAACAAGUGCCUUGUGACAAAAGCUGGGGAGGUGAGAGCAGCCAGGUUAGUCUCUGGAGGUGGGUGAACAAAGGGUUACUUCAGGAGACUUAAAGACUGGGUUUGAGUAAAGAAACGUCUCAGAAGUUCAUCCACACUAAGGAUUGGGGGAGCAUCAAUACCUAGGCCUUAGAAAUGACUCCACCCCCAAUGGAGGAGGCUCCCUGCCUCAUCUUGCA